AUGAUCGAGAUUAAAAGCUGCACCUUUGUUCCUGAGGAACCCUCUUUCACCGCUCUUCGUCAGUUCAAGAUCCAGGACUCUAACCUAUGGUCUUUUCAAAACAAUGACACCGCUCCCAUCCUAGGCCACCUCUUUGACCUCUUUACUCCAGCUCCUCGCGGCGACAAACCUGACGCUGCGUCUUGGUUGAUUUUUGAAGGGCGCUUCAUUGCAUCCUAUUCCAAUACUAAAAUAACAAUUAUGUGUCAAUCCUCUUCUUAUCAUUUUGUGCUACCCCCUCGAAUCCGCUCGCUUCCGCAUCCAUUGUUAACAGGUGACUUGAAACUGAUUGACCAUGGCACUAAAACCAUGGCCUUUGACCCGGAUACCUCUGACAAUCACCGCGACCUGCCCUACGAUUAG